AUGCCUUCAAUUCUGGAUGACGAUGAUAACCGCGAUAUGGCAGGAUCGCAAGAUGGCAGCUCUGACAAUGGCAUGGACGAUACCAUGCGAGACGUGGACGAACUGGAUGUCGACGCUGACCCUGAACCUGAGCCCGAGCCAGACUCCCCUUCCAACUCAAGUGUCGUCGACUCGGAAAGCCAGGCGCGGGCAAAUACCCAGAAUCCGGAAGUGAUAGUAACUGCGCCUACGCUCGAUCCAGUCCCAGAUCAGCCCUUUAUGUAUCGGCCACAGGUCCGCCCAGAAGCGCUGACGGCUACGACCUACGAUAUUGCUCCCACCACGGCAGCUCCCCAUAGCACCUCGAUUAAUACCGUCACCUCAACUGCCGAUAUGCGCUGGGUUUUUACUGGUGGCUCUGACGGAUACGUUCGAAGGUUUAAUUGGGUUGAUUCUAUAAACAGUAAACUCAUGCUGACUGUUGCUCAGCGACAUCCUUUCGUCGACAGUGUUGUCAAAGCGGGUGUCUUGAUGAACUACUGGGAGAAUAUGGAUGGCAAUGCUCUGUCACCUGUGUACUCUCUUGCCGCCCAAGCCGAAGGGUUAUGGCUACUCUCAGGUCUGGAAUCGGGGAAUAUACGGCUGCAGUCUGUACGUCAUGAUGAAGGCAAAGAGAUUGCUGUUCUCAGGCAGCAUACCUCCGCCGUAUCAGUCUUAUCCCUUACCCAAGACGAGCGAUCACUCUUAUCCGGGAGUUGGGAUAAGACAGUCCUAGAAUGGGAUCUUGACACUGGGAAAGUAAGGCGUGCUUUUGGAUCAAGUGUUGGACAAAUCUCCGCUAUUGAAUUCCGCCCUGAAUCGAGUCUGCCCGUCCCACGGGAAAUUGUGGAGCGGUCACUAACAAACGGAACAUAUUCGUCAAACUACCGCGCUCCUCCCUCAGGAAAUCAAAGCUUCGUAAACGGUGAAGGGGGCAGCCACAAGGAUAGUCAAGCGACAGACCAACAAGCGGGAUCGCCAGCCGAUUCGCUUUUCGAGGCUGAUUCUCUAUUUGGCGAUGCAGAGGGCGGAGGGGAUGCCGAUGCACCCUCCGGUGGUGCUUUUGCAGCGGAGGAUGACGAGUUCUCUCAAGCACUCGCUAAUGGGAUCAAACAAAAGCAGCCAGGACCGCGGAGAGAACCUGAAGUGAAUCCCUCAAACGCCAUGCCCAAUGGCACGAUCUCAAAUUCUGAGUCCCAGACAGAGACCAUCCCUGAAUCAACUGCCACAAGCCAGCUUCAAUCCACCAAACAAGAACCACAAGACUCCCAGGUCAACGGAAUCUCUGACUCGGUGAUGAGUGGUCUUCCGCAUGCAGAAGAUUUAGAAUCUUCAGCGGCAGCUCCGGAAAGGAGCACGAUGACCAAUGAUAUGGAAUGUAACUCCAACAAUACCUUCCUAGCUGCUUCGAUGGACGGAGCUAUUCGGCCCUCCAUGGUGUAUGAGUGCAUGCUGGUCUCCUGA